AUGAUUAAGAGCAUUGAAGUAAAUUCACCAAAGAAAAUGAUAAGGACUGAAAUGGAGGAAAAAGAUGAGGAAGAAAAAGAAGAAUAUCUAAUUACUAAUUUAACAGAACAUAAUAGAAAUAUGCCUAGUGUUAUCAUUAGGAUACCUAAUAAUUUAAAUAAAUUAUUAAGUAAUGAAGAUACAAAAAUAGAUUUUAAUGAAAACAUAAAAUCACCAAAUAAAAAAAACCAAAAAUUAAAUUCCUUUAAAAUGGAUGAUUUAUCAAUCAACAUAAAUGAUAAAAAUGAUUUAGGUCCUGAUAUAAAAUUUGACACAACUUAUAAAUCAGAUUCUUCUGAUAGUUAUCUUUCUAUAAAUAAAUCGGAUUUAGAUGAUGAUGAAAUGAAUGAAAGUAUUAUAAAAACAUUCAAAAGUAAUUAUAUAGAAAAAUAUGAAUCAAAUAUAAGUAAUGAAAAUGUAAACUUUUUAAGGGAACAUACGAAGAAUGAAUUAGAAUAUUUUUUACAAAGAAAGAAGUAUCAUUCUUCUAACGAAAUGAAAAUAAAUGACAUAAUUAAUAUCGACUAUGAUAAAUUAAAUGAAAAAAAUAUUAUACCUUAUUUUUUAACUAACAUGUUUGAUAUGGAGCAAAAAAAAAAAAGAGAAAAAAUGAAAGAAGAGUUAGAAAGAAAAAGAAAAUUAAUGCUUGAAAGACAAAAAAGAAAAAAUAGCAUUGAGAAAGGAGGAAAAAGAGCUAAUAAUGAAACUAGAAUAUUUAACUCAAAAGGAAAUGAUAAAAGAAAAUCAUUAAAUAAGGAAAAAUUAAAAGAGAAUAAUUCCAAAAUAGAAAAAAAAGAAUAUGAUAAAGAAAUAGAGGAAGAAGAAGAAGAAGAAGAAGAAGAAGAAGAUGGAGAAGAGGAAGAUGAAUUAGAAGGAAAUAAUAAUAUAAAAAAAAAAAAGAGUAUAAUAGAUAAAAAAAAAGAGAAUAAAAUAAAGAGAAAACAAGAAAAAAAAAUAGAAGAUGGUAAUGAAGAUUAUGAUAUGUAUAUAGAUGAAUUUGAUAGAGAAGAUAUAGAAAUAAAUAUUCAUAAUGACCCAACAUUGUAUGGAAUAGAAGGAAGUAGUGAUUAUUCAGAAGGAUUUAAAAGUGAUCUAGAAAAUACACAGGAAGAUGAAACAGUAAAGGAAAAUACGGUUAAUGAUUCAAAAAAAAAAAAAAAAAAAAAUAAUGAUGAAAAUUCAGUAAAUGAUGAAAAAAUAGAUGAUAUAGUAGAUUCAUCUACAGAAAGAUUAAUAUCGUAUGAUUAUUAUUCUAGUUUAAAUAUUAAAGAAUUUGUAAAACCUAGUUUUAAAAUCAAAUCUUUAUCUCCUUUUAUUCCUGUUGAAGAAAAUUUAGAUAAAUAUGAUGAUAUACAAAAAUUACAAUAUUUAAUAAAAAAUUUACCUUAUACACAUAUUAAAGAAAAACGAUCUUUAUAUCAUUAUAAUAUAAAACAAUUUAUAAAGUGGAAAGUAUAUUUAUUAAAUAAUAUUAACAUAUGCUUAUAUGGUAUAGGGUCGAAAUUUCAUAUAUUAAAUCUAUUCAGUAAUAUUUGUUUAAAUGAUGGACAUAAAUGUAUAAUAUUAGGUUUCGAACAAGAUAUUAAUUUUGAAGAAAUUUUAAUUCGUGUAUUAGAAUACCAUUAUAAAUAUAAAUCAAAUAAAAAUCUAAAAUCAUAUGAUUUAUUAUAUGAAUUAAUUCAAUUGGUCAAUGAGUCAAAUAUACCUCUAUAUUUUGUUAUACACAAUUUAGAUAAUAUUAAAUUAUAUCCAUACUAUGAAUAUUUUUCAUUUUUAAGUCAAUAUGAUAACAUAUUUUUUAUAUGUUCAAUUGACGACGUUUCUUUUGAAUUAAAUAUGAAUUUCAAAAAUAUAAAUACUAUUAACUUUUAUUAUAUGAAAUGUCAUACUUGGUUAGACUACAGAUACGAAAUUUUGAGACAAUGGAACAAAUUUCUACCUGAAUGGGUUUUUAAUAAAAAAAGUGAAGAAGUAGAUGUAAAAAAAAAUAUUGAAACCAUUUUAAAUGCUCUAAAUAUCAAUCAUAAAAGAUUAUUUAAAAUUAUUGCAUCUAUACAAUUAGAAAAUUUAGAAAAAGGAAUAUAUGGUGUUGAAAAAGAAUCCUUAUUACAAGACAAAAGACUGUUCACCGUAGGAGCAUCAAGUAUAAGAAUAAAUUCUUUACUAGUUGAGUUUGUAUCUCACAAUGUUAUAACAGAAACAAGAUUAAAAGAAGGAAAUACUUUCUUAAAAAUAAAUGCUGAUAAAGAAGAACUUAAGAGAUUAAUAGAACAAUUAUAG